AUGGCUGAAGCGGUCUCGUCCUCGCCCGGAUCCUCCGCGGCGGCGGCGGCGGCCGCGUACCCGUACCGAGUGGCGCGCCGCCUCCAUGGCGCCUUCGUCGCCAGGGACGAGCUCCCGUACUCUUACCCCGCUGCUGUUGCCGCUCCGCCGCCGCCUGCGCCGCUGCCGCAGGCGCAGCAGGGUUCCUCCGGCGGGGGUGGCGGCAAGAUUAGCCCCGCGGUGCUGUUCAUCAUCGUCAUCCUCGCGGUGGUGUUCUUCAUCUCCGGCCUGCUCCACCUCCUCGUGCGGCUGCUCAUGAAGAAGCAGCACCGCCGCCGAGGGGGGUCGGCGGCCGCGGCCGCACAGGGGGCCGGGGAGGCCGACGCGGCGCUGCAGCGCCAGCUGCAGCAGCUGUUCCACCUUCACGACUCCGGCCUGGACCAGGCCUUCAUCGACGCGCUGCCCGUGUUCUCCUACCGGGAGAUCGUCGUGGGCGGCGGCUGCGGCGACAAGGAGCCCUUCGACUGCGCCGUGUGCCUGUGCGAAUUCGAUGCCGAGGACAGGCUCCGGCUGCUGCCGCUCUGCGGGCACGCCUUCCACCUGAACUGCAUCGACACAUGGCUGCUGUCCAACUCGACGUGCCCGCUCUGCCGCGGGGUGCUCUUCGCCCCAGGGCUGACAGCCGAGAAUAACCCGAUGUUCGAUUUCGAUGAGGGGUUAGAGGAAGGGCGGCUGUCAGAGUGCUGCGAGGAUGGUUUCGGAUUGCCCACGCAGAAGUCCUCGGAGGGGUUGCAGACGCCGGUGGCCGAGAAAAGAGUGUUCCCGGUGAGGCUUGGGAAGUUCAAGAAUGUCGGCACCCAGGGUGCUGUCGAGGGUGGAUAUGGUGAUUCUGCUGUGCUGAGGAGGGAGGAAGGGGAGAGUAGCAGCAGCAGUUUGGAUGCAAGGAAAUGCUUCUCUAUGGGCACCUACCAGUAUGUCCUUGGGACUUCUGAGCUUCAGGUGGCUCUCCAGCCGGGCCGAACAAGAAAUGGUGCGAUGAGAUCAAGACCUCCGGGUAUAAGUUCUGUGAAUGCCGACAUUAUGGAGGGAAAGAAAAUUUGCGCACGGAACAAAGGGGAGAAUGAUUGUUCAGAAGCGGGGAGCCUUCCAUGGAUGAAGAGAGGUGGCACCGGAGAUAAAUUGAACAUGUGA